AUGUCGUUCAAUCACCUGAGUUCUCUUGAAUCCCAGCCCACCACCUACCGGCGUUCGGACGACCCGCAGUACCAUGAUGAUCCCGAGUUCCAGCGGUUGACUGAGUCCCUCUCGAACCAACUCUUCACGCUGACCUCAAACAUUACCCGCUUGUCGGAUCAGAUCGCCCUUCUCGGGACAAAGCGUGACACUGAACGAGUUCGAGAGCGGGUUCACAAUCUUCUCGAGCAAACCCGCACCGGAUUUAGGGAUGUUGGCGACGGGGUCAAGAAGGUCCAAAACUGGGAGGACGUCAAUCCCUCGCAGAAAUGGACACAGCAGAAGUUGUCAACAGAGUUCAAGGCCACUUUAGAAGAAUUCCAGACCGUCCAGCGUCGAGCCCUAGAGAAACAACGUGCCUCCGCAGUUGCAGCGCGCACCGCCGUAGACGAGGCAGAACACGCAACGGAAGGCGGCACUCAACAACAGCAGCAACAGCUCCUCGAGGAGCAGCCACGCCUAGCGAACCAAGACGAAGUUGAUUUCCAAGAAGCCCUGAUCAUCGAGCGCGAAGCAGAGAUUCGCAACAUUGAGCAGAGUGUCGGCGAACUGAACGAGCUGUUCCGGGAUGUUGCUCACAUCGUGAAUGAGCAGGGCGAGCAAUUAGACACCAUCAGCGGAAACGUCGAGAACGUCCAUGCCAACACUCAAGGUGCGAACGUUGAGCUCCGCAGUGCUAGCCGUUACCAGAAGAACGCCCGAACUAAGGCUUGCUGUCUGCUGAUAAUCCUUGCCGUCAUUUUGGCUAUCAUCAUCCUUGCGGCCGUUCUUGGGUAG